AUGAUGCUCGAUGAAUCAAUCUCCCGGCAGCGUGCCUUCGCGGCGACCUCCAUGAGCGCCCCCGCGUUCCCCACCUUCGCCAGCCGCGAUUCCGAUCAGAACCUCAGUUCGGGGGCCGGAUGGCCCUCCCCACCAUCCUCGUCCUCAUCCUCCUCCAGGAAUCCUUCUUCCCGCCUCCAGGCCCCAAAUUCAUUCUCUCACAAUGGCAGGAUCGCCAUAGCCCUCGUCCCCGCUGCCGCCUUCCUCCUGGAUCUCGGCGGCUCCGUUGUCUUGUAUCUGCUCAUCGUGGGCCUCAUGAUCUCUUACAUCCUGGACUCUCUCCGUCUUAAGAUGGCCUCAUUCUUCGCUGUCUGGUUUUCGCUUCUCAUUUCGCAGAUUGCUUUCUUCUUCGCUUCCUCCGUUUCCUUUCCUUCUCUGCCCCUCACUGGCCUCGCGCUGUUCUUAUGCGCGGAGACCAACUUCCUCAUUGGCGUAUGGGCAUCGCUCCAAUUUCGGUGGAUCCAGAUCGAGAAUCCUUCGAUCGUUAUCGCCCUCGAGCGCCUGUUGUUUUCUUGCGUGCCAAUCGUAGCCCCUGCUCUCUUCAGCUGGGCCGUGGUGUCCGCUGUCGGAAUGUCGAAUGCCGCCUUUUAUUACAUGAUUUUUGCGUGCCUCUUCUACUGGAUCUUUUCCCUGCCCAGGCCAUCUUCCUUCAAGACGAAACAUGAAGCUGAAAAUCAGAUCAUUGGAUCCCUCGAGUCUUGCCUUCACACGCUGCACCUCCUUUUUGUGCCUCUCUGUUUCCGCAUUGCAUCCCACUACUCUAUAGCGUUUUCUUCCUUUUCAUCCGUGUGUGACCUGCUGCUGCUCUUCUUCAUCCCUUUCUUAUUCCAGCUUUAUGCCUCCACAAGAGGGGCGCUCUGGUGGGUUACUAAGGACGAUUAUCAGUUGCAUAGUAUACGGGUGGUGAAUGGUGCAGUUGCAAUGGUUGUGGUCACAGUUUGCCUUGAAAUCAGGGUUGUUUUUCAUUCAUUUGGGAGGUAUUUGCAUGCGCCUCCGCCACUAAACUAUAUCCUUGUGACCGUAGUAAUGCUUGGUAGCUCAUCGGCUGGGGGAGCCUAUAUCCUUGGUUUGGUUGGUGAUGCAUUCAGCUCUAUGGCCUUCACGGUCUUGUUGGUUCUAAUAAGCGGAGCUGGUGCUAUUGUCAUUGGUUUCCCCAAACUUGUACGUGGCGUUUUUUUUCAAAGAUCAUAUUUGUUUUACUUUAUAAUUUUCAGAAUGCUAUUAAUUUUUGUUUAAUGUCGAUAUGGGUUUGAUCUUUGUGAAUGAUUUUUUCCCCAUCACAACAUACACAGAUGUGGGAUGACCAAGUUCUAUUUCUCCACGGUACUUGAUCCCUAACAUGCAUAAUCAAUCUCGUCAGUGCUUCCCUGUGGGAAAUCUAUGAAUUUACUAAUCAUUGAACGGAUGCAUAUCAGUGAUGACCUAACCAGUAUGUAUUUAUCUUGCAUACAAAUGUGUGAACUACUGAUAGGACUCCGGAUUGUACCUAUCAGCUACAUACGCAGAAUAGCCAAAAAAUCUGACGCUAGAACAUGUAUCAAUAUUGUCUAUAUAUUAAAUUCCACCUGAUAGUGACCCUUGUAUAUGUUCAAAGAGACAGAUAUAGCAGUUUUAACGUUAGACCAAGUUAGAAUAAUAAGACUUGACCAAAAAUUAACUGGACAUUGAUAGGAUGCAAAUAUUUCUUAAUUUAGUGGGGAAUGAUGAGUGCUCAUGUCAGAAAAGGAAAGUCAUCUACAUUCUAUAGUCAAUUACAAUGAGGUGAUUUAUGUAGCUUGUGUAAUCAGUUGAAUGUAAGUACAUUUGAAAAGUCCUGGGCUAAAAGCUCACGGUCUCCAUGAACAUGAGCUGGUGAACCAUAGACCUGCCAGUCCCUCCAACGUUUCGCAGGUCACGGUGAUCUUUUCUCUCUUUCAAAGGAAUGUAAUGAUGAUAUUUGUUAUCUAGUGCAAACGUUGACCUGAAUAACAUAGACUAUGGAUUUGGAAUGUAAGACAAGUCCAAGAUGUGUUCUUGUGGUUUGGAAUCAUGCUCCUUAAUGGUGAAAUAUUUCUACUUGUGGCAUUUUAUGUUGCCUUUCUAGUGAAGAGGAACGUUUUGCAGGAGCAAACAUGAAGUGAUGUUAAAAAGAAGAGUCUGAAGUGUGAGAAGCUCAGCCAAAUGUUAAGAUUGGAGCUGGUCUUUGGGAGUAUCUCGGAAAAGUGAAGUGCUGGGGUGAGGAAAAAUGUUUGAUAUUAACUUUCUGCAUCAGCCAAUGUUCGCUUUAUUGGAAGACCUGAAAAUUCAAGAAAAUCUGUGACUUUUAAGAAUGAGAAUUUUGGUUUCAUUGGAGUUCUUUUGAAGUGAUUUUCUCUGUCUAAUAAUAUCCCUCACUGAAAGACAUCCUGAAGGCAGACAAUUAAUUGGAUGGUUGGGACGUUGAGGCAUGGUGACUGAAGUUUCAUUGUUUUCAACAGGAAAGUUAGGAAUGUUCUUACACCAUACCUGAGAUAAAGAGGUUAGGAAUAUUUACUGGUUCUGCAGUUGCUUUUAAUUGGUACAAAAUUCGUGACCGUUAUUUCUUAUUUUUCAGUCUGAACUUAAUGUGGACACCUUGCUAGUUGUAAGAACCCUAGUGACUUUCGCCUGGACUCUGUGAGAACCUACCCGAGUGACCUUCAGGAACCUGAUCACUCGAUGAUACACUAUUAGUGUCUGAUGUCUUUUGCCUAUUGGAUAAUGACUACGUGAAAUAAGAAGGCAUUUACUGAUGAUGAGUGACAAAGACGUUUUCACACAGGGUUUGUCCGUGUUACUUGAAAGUAUUGGGGAUAUCAUAUGCAUAUAUGGCUAAUAUAAUAUCAUCAGUGUAGGACUGUUGCGACCAUAAGGAGGCAUUAUUUUGUGCCACUCUAAUUUUAUAGCAGAAAAUGUGGACUUAUUAUAUAUAUAUAUUUGUCUGCUUACGUGUUUCUUUGAUAGAACGUGUGAGGAGCAGUAAACAAGUUUGGGUGCAACUUUUAUUGGUCAUAUUUGGCUUUUUUCUUUGUUUUGGAGGAUAUCCUUGGCAUAUGUAUCUUUCCCCUCAUUUGGCUAUAAAUGCAAUUAUGAUGCAAUUACUACAACUAUGAUGCAAAAUGCUCUCGUUCACAUUUUGGACGGGAAAAAUGUAAUCUUGAUAAACAUACUUUUGUGCAUUAAAAUCUCUUCUUAUAUUACCCAUCUCGCAUUAGUCUUUUUAUGUUUCUCUUUCUUAGAUUCACUCUCACCUUAUUUGCAACCUUUCUUAGGAUUGUCUUCAGUGGUCUAAAUACCUUAUUUGCAGCUUGUUCGUUAGGUUCAAAAUAGUUACAUUUCUGUGUAAAAUUUGCUGCAAUCCUGACACCUUUCCAUAAAGGGCCACGGGAUGGCCCCCCUCUCUCCAAUUAACUUCUGAUGUAAAUUAGGGAAUAUGAUAUGUCUAGCAUGAAAUAUAAAAGAAUGUGUUGUCUCAGUGAAAUUAACUUUUGUCUAUCAAUCUAGACAGCAGGUAAAUAUCUUACGUUGAUUUUUCUUUUCCCGUAAUUUGGGGAGCUUACAUUAAUUCAUCAAUCGCAAGUGGUUCUUAGGAAUUUCAAAAGUAAAAUGUUAUGGAAGCGUACUAAAUGUGUGAACGAUUUUGGUAAAUGAAAAGUAGGCGAUUUAAGCACAUCCCUUCUUUCAUGGAUAAAACAUGUAAUCAACUUUUUGAAGGUAUAAAAGUGUAUUCAUUACUGAUCUUUUUGUUGACCACCUUGCUGGUGCUCAAUGUUUGGAGUUGGCGAAACCUUUUUGUGUCACAUUUCCCCUUUUUUUGACCCAUGGUGAUACAUAAUAGUUUUCUUUCCAAAAGCCUCUAAAAAUUAUUUUCUCACUAAUCCUGGUUAGAAAAUUUCACUAAAUGGGUUUCUUGUUUCAGAAGUUAUUCUACUGGUAAGUUUUUUAAACUCACUCUUCUAAUAUUCCGUGCAGAAUAAGCCAAAGAAUAAAUCCUUUUUUGGUAUGCGGAGAUGGAAUGGUGUCGUUAUAAUUCAUGAUUUAGAAUUCAUGUCAGCGUUCGGAUUUUAUGCCAUUGUGACCAUUAUUCAUUGUUUUGCAGUUCAUUGCUGUUCCUCUGAUCUCUGGGUACUAUCUGGGACGAUUUUUCACGAAAAAGAGUUUACCAUCUUAUUUUACAUUUGUCGCAUUAGCAAGUCUAAUGACAGCAUGGUUUGUUGUCCACAACUAUUGGGAUCUCAAUAUCUGGAUGGCCGGUAUGCCACUGAAAUCUUUCUGCAAGUUGAUAAUUGCAAGUGUAUCACUAGCUAUGUCUAUUCCUGGUUUGGUCCUUUUGCCAUCAAAACUACGGUUCUUGAGCGAACUCGGUCUUAUAGCCCAUGCUUUGUUGCUCUGCUACAUAGAGGACCGCUUUUAUAAUUAUACAAAUAUGUAUUGGUUUGGGUUUGAUGAUGAGGUGAUGUAUCCCAGUUACAUGGUUAUGACAACAACAUUCUUGGGUCUAGCUUUGGUGAGGAGACUGGUUGUGGAUUGCCGAAUAGGGCAGAAGACUGUCUGGAUUCUGACCUGUUUAUAUUCGUCGAAGCUAUCAAUGCUUUUUAUUACGUCAACGUCUGUUCUGUGGGUAUCAGCUCUUCUGUUGCUGGCUGUUUCUCCUCCUCUGCUUCUUUACAAGUACGUCCUAAACUGUAUUUCCUUCAAUCAGCAUUACAUUCGUACUUAUAUUUCUCCUGUCCUUAUGUGUAAGUUACACUUGUGUACUCAUUUGUGUACAUGGUUGCACAUAUAUGAUAUAUGUGCAACGUUGGCUGGACGUGACUUAACUGACUUGCUUUAGCCAACAUGAGACUAAGUCUAGGUUUAUAACCCUGUUAAAGCAAUGUCCUUCCUUUCAAUACUUUAAAGUUAUGUCUUGUCUAAUCUUAAAGCAUCAGGGAUUGAGACGAUGAAAGCCCUGUUGGGGAGGGGAGUGUAUAAUGAUGAUGUCUCGUUUUCUAAUUUAUUUCAGCGUACAGUUACUGGAAUCUCAGUGUUAUCAGGCACCGAGUGAAUGCUAUAGGAAACACUGUACAACCAAUCAACUCAUGUACUUCAUGCUUAUUUUUUCCGUUAUGGCUAUCAUACCGUGAAAUUUCUCUCCGACUUUGGGUCUCCAGCCGUUUUCUUUCUGAUUUAGAAAAAAAAUUCAUUGUCAAAAAGUCGCCUAGUGCCAGAGAACUUAUCCUUUUCUUUAUAUUAUGAAACAUUAUUUGCUGAAUUAUCACACAUUUUGAAUAUUAGCUAAAUGGAUGUUAGUGCAUGUAUAUAUCACUGGUAUGGAGGAUUUGUGCUCAUGUCAACUUUUCUCAUUGUCUUCUUUUUGAGGUUCCCCAGAAACAAAACGAAAACUACAUCAAAAAUGAAGGUGUGGCAGGGUAUCACGCAUGCUGGUGUUAUAGCUUUUUCUGCCUGGUUAUGCCGGGAAACAAUAUUUGAAGCUCUCCAGUGGUUGAAUGGAAGGCCUCCAUCAGAUGGCCUGCUUUUGGGAUCUUAUUUACUCCUAACUGGGCUUGCUUGCACACCAAUUGUUGCUCUUCACUUCUCCCAUGUUCAGGUAUGAACCUGUUGCGGCUAAUACAUACAGCAUUCUUAAAGGAGUGAUGCUUUAAAUUGUUUCACGUUUUAUGCUCAAUAGUCUGCAUUGCUGCAAAAAAAUUGAUUUUUGUGCCCAUUAUCUAUUCAGAUUAGUGGGUGAACGUUUUGUUUUUGCCUGCUGGUCUGGUUUACAGCGAAAAAGAAGUGAUUUUGAUGCCCAGUCGUAUGAUCUACUGUUAUACGAAUCUUUGUAGUUUGAAUCAAAUUGUAGGAUUAUAUGUGGAAUGAGCUUUUACUUGAAAAAAAAUAAUUCUUGACCUAAUUUUGUAAAGGACUGUUAAAUACAAGGUUUUUAAGGUCACCAAGUUGAUGAUUCCCCUCUAUCGCUUAGGCAGCAGGGUGAGGUGCUUAGUCAAUGCCUUUUAAAGUUGAAUGGAAGGUUUUUAUAUGUAAAACAUAUAGUCGAAAAAUACAACCCAUUCGUGGACGUUGCAUCCUUGAAUGGUGUUGUUUGUGAAUGGGAAUUUACCCUAACCUGUUUGCGAAAGCCACUUGUGCGAAUGUAGCUGUUCGCUUAUGGGUUUGUCUUAGUGACUCUUUGAAACCUAUUGUUGAAGAUGUGCGGAUAGUUUUGAUAAUACUUUAUGACAUGACAUAUCAUUGGGCUAGUCAUAUCUAUGGUUUCCUACGGAUUUUCUUCGUCUAUUUGCAUUACAAUUGGUUGUAGGUUUUGUGUUUAAGAAUUUAAGUCUCUCUUAUAUCAAAAUAAAUUGCUCUAGGCUCAUUUGUGCAACUAAAGACCUGUAUGUGUGCAAAGUUUUACUAGAUGUUGUAGUGAAAGGGUCUCCAUGGCAUACUUCAAUCCAAUUUUCCUGUUUUUGUGAUGAGGCCUAGUGAUCCCGCCUCAGUAUAUUCCAGAUUCAUUAAAGAAAGAACUUUGUGUGUUAAUCAUGCUCUGAUCUUUCGAAGCUGAUGACCACUGCUUUGGUAAGUGCUUGACAUGGUCAGGAUGUUUUUUUGUUUUUUUGGCUUCUUCUUGAGAAAUUGGUUCGGCUUGGCAAUUCCUUUUCAGUUGGAAGAUGACCCUAUCUCAUUUAUCAAUCCUAUAUUUCGUGAAUUGACAUCUGAUGCAUUUUCUAAUGCUUCCUGAGAAAGCAAGUGCGGCUUUCUAAAGCAAAACAAGUAUCAUCAUUUGACUUUUGUACUGUGAGCCUUCAGUUCUUCUUGCAGAGAAACUCUUGAACCGUAGCAAAACUGUCAAAGAAAAUCUUGAUAUCAUCCUUGAUGUGGGCCCUCGUUAGUAUAAGAUAAUUGACAGAAUUGAACAAAAGUCAUACAGAGGAAUGCACAACUGAUAGUGGAUCCCAAUUAAGAGAGUGGAAAGGCCUUCAGUAGAUCCAUCAUCUGUGUAUGUCUGAUCGAGUUAACUUCAGAUUACCUUUCAAAGCCUUAACUUUGUUUGGUUCUUCAUACAUUGUAGAGAGGGCCAUGUAAGGAGUCCUUUGAGACACUUUAGAGACCUGGAUAAGGAUUUGAUUUUUUCACUUGGAAUAAGACACCUGUGGGCAUGGCUGCACCAAUUGUCUGUCACAAUAGAAACAAACCGUAAAAGGUUCAUAUCAUCCAAAAAUUAGCUUAGAAACAGAAUGAUUGUUUCGAGAUUGAAGGUGUUAAUUCUCGCCUUCCUUGGUCGCUUAGAUAACGUGAGACAAUGAUCUACCGCAAAAGACAGAAAAAAACAGAAAUUCUUGUCAAAGUCUGCUUCUUUCUACUGAUUCCUCUUUCUUCUUUUAGGAACUAGGCUUACAUACUGUCUAUCUUGAUGAUUUCAAUUCUAGUUCAUUGUUUUGUUUUCGUUUUGCUUGUGUUCUAUUAACAAUUGAUUCACUUUUCAGUGCCGGGUUCAUUUUACUUGGAAGAAUUUAGAUUUGGGUUAUGUUUUAACUCUUGCAUUCCUUUGUGCAGUCUGCGAAGAGAGCUCUUGUACUGUUGGUGUCUGCAGGUCUGCUUUUCGUUCUUUUGCAGCCGCCUGUUCCACUAUCAUGGGCUUAUCGGUCGGAGUUGAUUAAGGCAGCUCAUCAGUCCGCUGAUGACAUAUCCAUAUAUGGCUUUGUAGUUUCAAAGCCUUUAUGGCCAUCAUGGUUACUCAUAAUCACCAUCUUAUUGACAUUAUCGGCAGUCACAUCCGCCAUCCCUAUCAAGUAUGUGGUUGAGCUAAGAGCGUUAUAUGCAAUUGGAGCCGGAUUCACAUUGGGGAUUUACAUCUGUGCAGAAUAUUUUUUCCAGUCUCUGAUGUUGUUCCCUCUUCUGGUUACCACCAUCGUCUGUGCUUCUGUCUUCAUGGUCUUCACACACCUCCCAUCUGCCUCAAGCACGAGGAUACUUCCCUGGGUAUUUGCUCUAUUGGUGGCUCUCUUCCCUGUGACAUACCUUCUGGAGGGCCAGCUGAGGGCCAGGGCCCUUGGAGAAGGCGAACAAGCAGACAAGUUCACUACUUUGCUCGUGGUCGAAGGGGCAAGGAUGUCUCUUCUGGGUCUCUACGCCAUGCUGUUCUUGCUGAUUGCUCUGCAGAUCAAAUUUGAGCUGGCAUCGCUGAUGAGGGAUAAAGUAGCCGACAGAGGCGGCAUGCACCACAAUCAAGCCGGCAGGCACUCCGGGUUUCCCCCAAAACUGAGGUUCGCUCAGCAAAGGAGAGCAUCUGCCGCCCCAUCGUUCACAAUCAAGAGGCUGGCGGCAGAGGCGGCGUGGAUGCCUGCCGUCGGCAAUGUCUCCACAUUCCUGUGCUUCAUCAUCUGCUUGAUUUUAAACAUAACCCUCACCGGCGGCUCCAACCGGGCCAUCUUCUUCCUGGCCCCAAUCCUUUUGCUUCUCAACCAGGACUCGGAUAUCUUUGCGGGCUUCGGCGACAGGCAGAGAUACUUCCCUGUGGUGCUUGCCAUAUCUGUUUACUUGUUCUUGGCAGCCAUUCAGAGGAUAUGGGCGGAGGUAUGGCAGGGAGACUCCGGAUGGGGCUUGGAGAUUGGUGGGCCCGGUUGGGUGUUCGUCGUUAAAAAUGUUGGCCUGCUGAUCCUCACCUUGCCCAACCACAUCCUCUUCAGCCGUUUUAUGUGGGAUUAUGUGAAGCAGACGGAUGCGAUGCUGCUCCUCACAAUGCCCCUCAAUCUACCGUCGAUUGUGAUCACAGAUGUGAGCACCAUAAGGGUCUUGGGUUUGCUGGGGAUGGCCUACUCUCUGGCCCAAUACUUGAUAUCAAGGCGCACGAGGAUUGCUGGUAUGAAGUUCAUCUGA